AACAACUGCCCAGAAACUUGAAGGAAGGACAACUAAUAAUGCUGGGAUAAAUAACUAAAAUUAAUUAAUGUGCUUCCAAUUCACUAACCUUUUCUAAUCAUUUCUAAGGUAGACUAGUGAGUGAAAAAUUCAAUCCCUCGGAAGACAGAAUCACGACAGUGUCAACUAGAUGCCUUCAUUAUCUGGGCUUUAAAUCUAAGAUCAAUGAUAUUUUAAAACAGACUUGGUGCGUCACAGUACCGUACAUAGUGACAUGAGACCUUUAUCUAUACUCUGUCUCUGCUAAUAACUACAACCUAGAACUUUCAUCAAGCCUUAAUUGAAGCCUGUUGAACGUAACUCCGAAGGCAAUUUAUUGAAAUUUACUGGUGUGGACAAUCACCUCAUCCACUGCAGCUACUUAAAAUUGUUUUCAAUGAAAAGUAGUGUGAUGUAAUUUUUCCAAUACUAUAUUGACUCUCCUGCUUUUAGUCAGUGCAGUGACAGUGAGAAAUGUAUGCCACAGUGCUCUCUCCUCAUACUAAUCAAUACAAAGAUCGUACAUAUAUAUCUCCCCCGGAGGACUGCUCUACCUCCUAUCUGGAUGUUUAUACUUCAGGAGAUCGCAGCUUAAACAAAAAGUACUAGUAUUUGUGAAGAGAACUCAAUGAAACACUGAGGACUUCUAGGAUUUUUCCUGGAACUUACCACUAGGGAUUAAUAUAUGCACAACAGAAGUUAGAGUGAGUUGAUUUGAGUUUGGAAUUAAUUUGCUAUCCAGUGUAACAAGAGAAGAUUUCUUAACUACUCCGUCAUUACAGAAAUGGCCCAUCUUUUCCGUGAGUUAUCCAUUUCUGGGCUAUUGCCUGUAGGACCGGAUGCUCCUUAAGUGGUUGUAUCUGCAUCAGUUAAGCUGGUUUCAAUGCAGGAACUCUGAUUAAUAGGAAAGCACAUGCAAGAACAACAGAAUGUUUAUGACAAAGGCGAGGCAAAGAAAUAAUUCUAGCAUGCUUAAGCUUGGUUAUAGCAGCAAUCACAUGAACUUUAUCUGAUUCUGUGAAAGCUGUAUUUCAUUAGAAUUGGAACAUUUUACGAAGAUAGACAUUUUACCUCAAAUGGUUUUGUUUGUACAAUCAAUGUGAAAAUUCAAUCAGGAACCUGAUGUGUAUAAAAUAUAACGUCAUUUAAAAUGGAGGAGGGCAACGAGACAUUGAACUUAACAACAACAGAAUUCAUGCAAUACAAUGUUUCAGUGAGAUUGGAGCUGUAUUCCUGGAUAUUUUCUGUAAUAGUUUUGUGUUUGUCUAUCCUUGUAGGAACCAGUGGCAACAUCCUUGUCAUCAUUGCUAUGUGCAGCAAUCGACUCUUCAGAAAGGUACGGUAUGCUCUUCUCCUUCUAUUAAUGGCUGCCGCACUCUUCACAGACCUUGUAUAUUGUCCAGUGGAACUGGUGAGGAUAUUUCUUUAUUCCAAUUCUGACACCUCAUGGAUGGAUCUGAAAUAUGUUUCCUCCAGUAUGUAUUUAAUUGUCUUUUCUGCCAUUUCUUGUGUUUUGCUAUUCAUCAGUUUAAAGAAUCUUUGCAUCAUAACCGAGAAAUUCACACGUACCUACAGAUAUGCCUUGUGUGCAUUUUGUGUGGUUACAGCUCUACUAGUUAUUCUGUGUCCUGCUGUGGGAUAUGGCAUACUCUCCAACAUGGAUGAAGAGAAUAACAGUUCUUUUGCACCUUAUCAUAUUCUGAAUGAAAGAGCCUUCCUCUUCAGAAUCACCUAUUUCAGUUUGUGGCUGAUGAUUAUCCUCUUUGUUUUGGUGGGGAUGAUUUCUUUUAUGGUAGUCACAUACAAAGCAAAGCAAUCAGACCUUGAUCUAUCAUCAGACUUCUCUCAUCCUCAUUCACCAGACAAAGCUAAAAUACCUAAGGUGCUUGUUAAAAAAUCAGAAAAUUCUCUUCAUUCUGAUGAGGAGGAAGAAGAAGAAGAGGAAGAAGAACCUGGAAAUCGUCUUCUGGAUUCCUAUUCUGGAAAGGAAGACAAUACUUCAACGAUUGGAGAUCUACCCUCUCCAUCCAGAUCCAAAGGCAGCCACUUGGGUGUAAAUAUGGCAGCCUACUUAGGCAGGAGGAGGCAUACAAUAGGCCAGAUAGGAACAACGGGCCUGGAAACAAUGGAAAAGGCAAAACAAUAUAAUUAUGUUCGUAAAUUUUCUGUGGAUAUUCAAGCGCUGCAAGCGCAGUUAGAAAAUCCAAAGAGACAUGCAUCAGACUUUCCAUUUUCAUCUGAUACAGAAAUUCAAAAAUCUCUUCAAAAAUCAAAUAAUAAAGAAGACAUUUUAAAGAGAAUCAGACUCGCUCAGCAAUCACCACUAGUGCAAAACAACAAAACUUCUGACUGCGAGAAAGAAACAAAUAGUGAUUCCCAGAGCAGUGGAAAUAGUGAGAAAGCUUCAAAUGAAGUGUUGCAUGAAUUACCUCCUUUACUGACAUUAUCAGAAACAACUGCAGAUGAAUUCAGAGAGAGAGCACAAGAGAAGGACCCCUCAGCAAGUUUUAUAAAGCUCUCUUGCUCACUUGUCUUAACGUUCCUCUGUUUCAUGCUCCCUAUGUUCAUAACAGAGACUCUUAAGGAAUUAAUUUCUGUGACAGCCUACAUUAAUGUACUCUCCUCUACGUUAGCAUUGUCUACAGCACAAACAAUCAUCUUCCCGUUGAUCAUCUUAUUUCUAGACAUAAAAGUGCACACAUGUUUCCAGAAGAUGGUGUCUUCACUGCAUUUGAAAUGUUUUGGAUUGUGUUACCAAAGAGAGGCUGUACCGUCAUCCAGUCAUGAGGAGGAAGACAUUUCUAACACACAAGUCUAGAACAUUACAGCUUUUAUAAUACUAUGUACUACCUAACCUCUCUACCACAAUGACCUAAUGAUAAAACCUUAGAAAAAUUACUGGUUUCAUUAAAUAAGUCAGACAAUGACUAGAGGAUUUAACAAACUGAAUAAGACUAUUUUUCUCCAUCAAAUAUGGGUUAAUCAUUCCAUCUUCAGAACAGGAAAGUUUUAAAUA